UGGAUUCACCCGACAUUCAGUUUCAACUUUCAAGCAGUUUCUUUCGCAACAACACUUUACCUGUUACUGCAAUAGGUUGUGGAUUAAAAUGUAUAAAAGAUGCUUUGGGAAGAACAUCAAUAAUAAAGUAAUAUUCAUCACGUCAGAAUUUUGCAGGAACUUUUGUCAGAAAGCUGAAAAUCGUGGUGUAAAACUUGCAUAUGCUUCAUACCAGUCAACCAAACAGAUCCUUCCCAAGAAAGAGAGUCCUCUUGUUAUAAUCCAUGGGCUGUUUGGCAGUAAGAGAAACUGGCAGAGUCUUGGAAAGGCUUUUGCUAAGACUGGACGAAAAGUUGUAGCAGUAGACUGCAGGAAUCAUGGAGAAAGUCCACAUACAGACAAGAUGGACUACUACAUGAUGUGCGAAGACAUUCAACUAUUACUGGAGGAAUUGCAAAUCUCAAAAGCAAAUAUCAUUGGCCACAGUAUGGGUGGAAAGGUUGCCAUGACAUUAGCAUUAACAAAGCCAGGUCUGGUAGACAAGCUAAUCAUUGAGGAUAUCUCCCCGCGUGUAAGCCCCGUCCUAGAGGUCUACCCUGCAUAUAUGAGUGCAAUGCAAGAGAUUACCUUCGACAAUACAGUGCCACUUUCUCAGAUUCGCAAGUUUGUUGUAGAGCAUUUAGAAAGUGUGGUGCCGGAUGCCAUGACAAGAGAAUUCAUUGCAACGAAUAUUAAAGAAACUCAAGAUGAGAUUCAUUGGGGAAUCAACCUAGACACCAUUGAUAGGUGCUUUGAGAAGAUUGCAGACUUUCCCAAGUUCACAAAUUGUUUCCAAGGAGAUACUCUGUUUAUAGCAGGGAGGAAUUCGCAACAUAUACGCAAAAUAGAUUUCCCGCUGAUCAAGCAGUUGUUUCCCGAAUCAAGAGUAGAAUAUAUAGAAGAUGCUGGACAUUGGGUGCAUGUUGAGAAACCUAGAGAAUUUAUGAAAGCUGUAAUUCAGUUUUUGAAUCCAGAGGAACAAACACCGGAAUGAAUGCAAAGCAAUCUAGAUAUGGAUCAUCUCUAGAAAUAGGAAAUUGUAGAAGGUAUUGAGAAAUAUGGAAAACUGAAUGAUAUUAUUAUAGAAUCUAACAGCAUGGAUAAAUAUGUCUUGAUGGGCACAUGUAAUUAAAUUACCUCAAAGAAUGUUAAUUUUUGUAAAAAGUUGAAGCAUUAAGUCUAACAUUGUUAAAACCAUAAUAAUGCUUAUCAAGAAUGUGUCAAAACCAUAUAAUGUACAGGCAAAGCAUAACGUGCUAUAUUUAAUGCAUAAGCUACACAAUACAUAUGUAAUAUCAUUUUAGUAGUAUUCCAUUUUUAUGUCACUACCACAAGUGGUGACAUAUUGUUAUUGUCUCAAACUUUUUUGUGG